UCUCACCCAUUCGUUAUGAUUUGUGACUUUAAGGCAAUAAAAGAUACGUUCAUCAAGAAUGGAGAAGCAUAUGCAGGAGCAUUUCAAUUCCAAGCUAUGAAAGAAUAUAGAGGAGGCGAGUACGGUGUUGUUGAAACUACUGGUCAGUUGUGGCACGAACAUAGAAGGUUUGCCCUCCAUGUGCUGAAAAGCUUAGGUCUCAGUAAGAACACUAUGGAAAGACGAAUUCUUGCUGAAGUAGAGGCGAUGAGCGAGACGUUACAUGCUAUGGAAGGGGAAGAAAUUGAAAUGCAGGACGUCUUCGAUGUUGGGGUUGGAUCGGUGAUCAAUCAAUUGCUGUUUGGCUAUCGUUUCGACGCAGACAAUCUUGGAGAGUUCCGUGAACUAAGAGCGAUGAAGUCUCGACAAAUGGAAGGCUUUUCACACACUUCGGUUGCUAUCUUGUUUAUGUACCCUUGGAUGAAGAGUCUGCCAUAUUUCAACAGAAUGUGGAACAGGUCUGCUGCUCUUUUAAAAUCUGUCUUAAAACAAAGCGGAAAAUUGUUUCAACCCAUUACAUCGCGCUUUACCGGUAAAGUGUCUUGUAUUCUUGCAAUGCUUUUGGAUUCGUUCGACGACGGUCACACUGCCGUCCUUCAUCCAUCAUGUUAUAUACCCCACCAAAAAUCAUACGAGAAACAGGUGGUUCUCUGCCGCGAUGCUGUCUUUUCGUUCUUCGAUCGACAGAUCGAUGUCCACCGAAAGCAUAUCGACUAUGACGCUGAAGAAUCGAAUGACUACGUCGAAGCGUUUUUAAAGGAGAAGAGGCGCCGUGAGACAAACGGCUACACUGAAUCGUUCAGCAAUGUACAGCUGCAAAAUAUGUGCUAUGACCUGUGGUCCGCUGGAAUGGAGACCACAUCUAACACCCUAUCAUGGGGUGUAGUUUAUCUGCUAAGUAAUUUGGACGUUCAGUUAAGUGUUAUCUUACUUGAAAUCCAACGUAUGGCGAACUUACUGCCAACGAAUCUGCCCCAUGAGACUCUAUGUCCAGUACAAGUGGGAAAGUGGAGUCUUCCAGCGCAUACAGGAGUCAUCGCACAGAUCAGCAACGUGCUUUAUGAUAAUGAAGUAUUUCCCUCUCCACUUACUUUCGAUCCGACCAGGUUUAUUGAUGAAGAUGGAAGAUCGAAAAAGGUGGAAGAACUGAUACCAUUUUCAAUCGGGAAACGACAGUGCCUUGGAGAAGGACUAGCGAGGACGGAGCUAUUCCUAUUUAUUGCUAACCUUUUCAAUAGAUUUGAGGUGCAGGAAGUUCUCUUCUUAUUGCUUUUAUCGAGUAAUAAAGCAGAUAUCACCUUUUAA